CAUGGCCUAGAGGGGCAACGGACAAAAUCAGCCCCAUCAAUGGCCAGUCGUCUCUUGGCCCCAAUGGCGCGCAUGUCAUUCCCAAUGUUCACCUGAUAACAUAAGUAUAUACUGGGACUUUUAACACAAGCCUUCCUUUCUCAACGUCUCGGUUACUCGCAACUUUCGGGGUAACCAUAGGGAAUGAUGCUGCCGUUCGCUUCUCUGGCCGUCUUCGGCCUCGCUUUGUUUUCACACGUCUCCGCGACUAUCUUGCAGAACGGUCAAGUUAAACCUACCAACUAUCCAGACACCCGCAUCGACCUGACAGACUACUCCUUCCAAACAUAUCCCGCAAAUGCCAGCGAGAUCUCGUACAAGGGCCGAUGGGACUCUAAACACGUUUCCUGGUGGUCCGCUCCUGGCAUUAAAUUUGGCUACACGGGACAGACGGUAGCCAUCUCUUUCGGCAACCUGACUAGCGAUGGUGUUCUCGUCGGCUAUCGCAUUGGAGGACUCGAUUGGAUGUUCACCAACAUCACAGCGGGCGCCACUCAUCUGCUCGUGAGCCCAGACACUCCGGGAUCCAACCUGACCGGUCCUAUCAAUCCGUGGACCUUUGAGCUGCGGGUGACCAACUGGGCGUACGGAGUGCAAAUCGACGCUGUCCAUGUCGAUGCUGGCGAGAAGCUUAUCAAAAUCCCCGACUUUGACCGCCGGAUCGAGGUUAUUGGCGACAGCCUCGCCGCCGGAAUGUAUACAUCGUAUGAAGGGCUAUCCAGCUGGGCCUACGGCCUCGGCGCUGGAUUAGGCAACACCGAGUACUCCGUGACGGCUUAUCCCGGAAUCUGCGCGGCAGACCAGAAUUGUUGGGGUAACCCGCGGGGACAAGUUCACCAGUGGUUCUAUACCUCUGACACGAGCUACCGAGCGUCUGUAAUGCAUGGUGAUAAUCCGGAGCCGUGGGAUUUCAGCAAACACCCAGCCGCUGACCUUGUUGUCAUCAAUAUCGGCACAAAUGACAACAACAAAGCGAACAAUGUCUCCACCGAAGAAUACAUUGAUGCCCUGACCAAGAUUAUUCAAGGCAUCCAUGGCAAGUGGCCGAAGGCCCAAGUUAUCGUAAUGUCGCUUUGGCUCGGCUUUUACCAGUCUGGCAACACAUACUUGCCCAACGCCCCGGAGGGUUGGGUCAAUGAGAUUUACCAAAUGGUCAAGUGGUUCAACUCUGAUGACUAUCUCCGCAACCCCAUCGUCUAUGACGGCGUCACCAAGAAAACCUCAAGAAGUGGCAAGAAGGCGAAACCGUUCGUCCAUUACUUCAACACGACGGGUAUCAUGCAGCACAACGAUAUCGCGCCGCAGUGGCACCCGACGGAUGUAGGAGCCAUCAAAGUUGCCAGCCACCUGCAGCAGUUUAUCAGGAUCAAGUUUGACUGGGACCUCUAUGCCACUGGGCCAGAGGUUUUCCAUGACACGCUAUACUGGAAUGAUCAGUCGGGCUACUGAGGUUGCAUGGAUGGUCAGGGGUCCCAGGCCGCCACCUCGUUGGAUGUACCGUUUGUAUCUCCGUAAAGCUCCUCCAAACUGACCAAUCGUAUUGUACAAUUCACCCCUACACUAUCCGUAAUGCGAAGGCAGCUGCUUACGGAGACUGAUUGAUACAAACGCCCGGGCCAUGCAACCUUGCUGGUCCCUG